AGACUUUCUUAAGUGCCUGGGGGUGGCAAUGGGCAUGCAGAGCCAGGUGGCGGCCAAGGGAGACAAGUGGGGACAGGAUGGCUGUGCCUUGCAUGGAGCUGAACAACAAGAUGAAGAUGCCCGUCCUGGGGCUGGGCACCUGGCAGGCUCCUCCAGGGAAGGUGGAAGAAGUGGUGAAACAUGCUAUCGAUGCUGGCUACCGCCACAUCGACUGUGCCUAUUUCUACCAGAAUGAGCAUGAAAUAGGGAACGCAAUCAAGCAGAAGAUCAAGGAGGGGGCUGUGAAGCGAGAAGACCUCUUCAUUGUCACUAAGUUGUGGAACACAUUUCACGAGAAGUUCUUGGUAAAGGAAGGGUGCAAGAGGAGCCUUACUGCACUCCAACUGGACUACAUCGACCUCUACCUUAUGCACUACCCUAUGGGAUUCAAGGCUGGUGAAGAACUGCUGCCUGAAGAUGACAAGGGUAUGAUUAUUCCCAGUGAUACAGAUUUUCUGGACACAUGGGAGGCCAUGGAAGAGCUGGUGGACUGUGGCAAGGCAAAAGCCAUUGGAAUCUCAAACUUUAACCAUGAGCAGAUUGAGAGAAUCUUAAACAAGCCAGGAUUGAAAUACAAACCUGUAGUUAACCAGAUCGAGUGCCAUCCAUACCUGACCCAGGAGAAGCUGAUUAAGUACUGUCACUCUAAAGGAAUCGCUGUGACUGCAUACAGCCCCCUAGGCUCUCCUAAUCGGCCAUGGGCCAAGCCGGGGGAACCUAUGCUGCUGGAGGAUCCUAAGAUUAAAGAGAUUGCAGCAAAAUAUCAUAAAACCCCUGCCCAGGUUCUGAUCCGGUUCAUUAUCCAAAGGAACUUGGCUGUCAUUCCCAAGUCUGACAAACAGCAGCGCAUUAAGGAGAACAUGCAGGUGUUUGACUUCGAGCUGUCUAAAAAGGAGAUGGAUGUCAUCCUCAACUUUAACAGGAACUGGAGAGCGAUUCCAGUGCCGCAGUCUGCGAAUCACAAGGACUACCCAUUCAAGGCAGAGUAUUAACACCUGCAGUUUCAGCAACACCUCCACACACCUCCCUCCGGAUUAGAUGUCUUCUAUAGCUGAGUCCUGAUUUCUUCUUUUGUACUCAACAGCCAUUGGGAGCGGUCACUUGUCCUCCUUUUUCAGGAGGACACCACUAGCUGGUGAAAGAACGCAUCAAUGGGAAUGGGUCUUUUGUUGAGAGGGUUAGCAGAAAUCUGGUUUUACUUCUUUUUUUUUUAACU